AUGGAAGUUUCACCAGCUACUUUAGAAUUUACUGGUUCAUUUACCAAACAAACCACUGAACAUUUAACUUUAUCAAAUCCAACUAAUCAACCAUUAGCUUUUAAAGUGAAAACUACUGCACCAAAAUUAUAUUGUGUUAGACCAAAUGCAAGUAUUGUUCAACCAGGAGAUUCAAUUUCAAUUUCAAUAAUUUUACAAGGUUUUGCUCAACCUUUACCACAAGAUUAUAAAUGUAAAGAUAAAUUUUUAUUAGUUAGUGUUCCAACUACUCAAAAUAUUGAUCCUUCAAAAGUUGGUGAUUUAUGGGGUUCAUUAGAAUCUCAAAAUAAGUCUGCUGUUAUUUCUAAAAAAUUAAGAGUUAAUUAUAUAAUUGGUCCUGAUAAACCAGAUACUUCAAGUAAUCAAAAUGGCACUGCUAUUGGUGGUGGUGCUGCUACUUCUGGUGGUCAAAACAAUUAUCAACAACAACCACCUCAACAACCACCUCAACAACAAUAUCAACAACAACCACAAAUUUCUCAACAAAAUUCAUUUGGUGGUGCUGGUGCUGGUUUAGCUACUGGAGCUCUUGGUGGUGCUGGAGCAGCAGGUGCUUAUAAUCAUUCUCAACAACAACAUCAACCACAACCACCUCAACAACAACAACAACAACAAUACCAACAACCACCUCAACAACAACAACAACAUCAUCAACCACAACAAGAUUACAAUUCAUCAUACACAAACCAAUCUACUGGUAAUGAUUAUGGUGCUCAAAAUAGAUCAUUCAAUGAUACUUCAUCAAUCAACAAUUAUAAUGGUGGUUAUCAACAACAUCAACAACAACCACAAUUACAUCAACAACCAAGUUAUCAAAACUCAUAUGGUCAACAGCAACAACAACAACCUCAAAGUGGUGCAUCUCCAGCUGUUCAACGUGAAUUAGAAGCUUUAGCAAGACAAGUUCAAACAUUAUCUACUAAAUUAGAUCAAAAUGAAAAAGCAGCUACUUCAAGAGGUGUUGGUGCAAUUGUUGAUUCUGAUUUAGCAUCUAAUGGUAUUUCUUUACCAAUUGCUUUAGUUUUAAUCUUGAUUGCUUUCUUAAUUGGUUGGUUAGUAUUUUAA